GUCUCUGUGGAUUACAUGGUGGUGAGCGGUGGAGGGCAGGGCAGCGCGUCACCAGAUGUGGAUUUCCUCGACCUGCAGCCCGUCAGAACGGUGACAUUCCCCCCGUUUGUCUUCACUGCCAGCCUGCUGUUCAAAAUCACUGAUGACGCCGUGCCAGAAAUCGCAGAGUCCUUCCAUCUGGUGCUGCUGGAAGAAAGCAUCAGAGGAGACGCUGUGCUGGUUUCACCCAAUGCUGUGCUAGUGACCAUCGAGCCCAAUGACAAGCCUAACGGUGUCCUGUCAAUCAGCAGCAGUGCAGCCAUUCAGCCAAUCACCAUCAAUGAAGACCUGACACAGAGAUUUGAAGGGAUCAUUAUUGUUAGAAAUGGAGGCAGCUAUGGGGCCGUGUCUGCAAACUGGUCCAUCUCUAGAAACUCCAGCGACCCCUCCCCAGUUUCAGAUGAUUUGACGCCUGCAGCGGGGACGGUGAGAUUCGCUGCCGGCCAGGUGACGGCUGUGAUUCCUCUCGACAUUGUGGGGGAUGGUCUGCCUGAAGAAGCAGAGGCUUUCCUCCUCAAGCUGCUGCGCAACACUACGACAGGAAAUGUGGAAGUCGACGAACCAAUGGAGAUGGUGUUCUACAUCCAGGACAGUGACGAUGUCUACGGGCUCUUUCGGUUCGACCCGGCCAAAGAGCAAAGCAUCCAGAGCCAACCUGAGGGCCGCUUCCUGUCGCUUCACUUCCUGCGUGACGGUGGUACACUGGGUAAUGUGUCUUUGACCCUCACCGCCCUCUACAUCCCUGCAGGCCCGAUAGACCCAGCACUAUCCCGGGACCGGGUUCUGAACGUUAGCCAAACUGUUAACGUCCUGUUUUCACUCGAGCGGAUGGUGCACGUCAUACUGCCGAUCAGGAACGAUGCCUUUCUGCAGAAUGGUGCUCAUUUCCUCAUACAGUUGAAUACUGUGGAGCUGGUUGAUAUCAGACCUAUGAUUCACUCAAACAGCCCGAGGUUUGGGGGACCUCUAAACCGGACGUUGACUGUCACCCCUGACAUCGCUAACGGGGAAAUCGGCUUUACAAGUAACACCACAGUGGUGGUCUAUGAACCAGAGGACCGCAAUACCAGCACAGUAAGCCUUCCCCUGCGUCGUGACGGGACAGACGGUCAGGCUGAAGUCUUCUGGAGUCUUCAGCCAAUCGGAGACAACCGUGCGGAUAUAACUGUGAAGGACCUGGAGCCUCUGAGCGGCUCUGUGGUCUUCCUCUCCGGGCAGAGCGAUGCCUCCAUCAACUUCACCAUCAUGGCCGACAACAUCCCAGAAGUCAACGAGACCUUACUGCUCACUCUGGACAGGAGUAAUGUUGAGAAUCAGAUCCUGAAGGCUGGUUUCACAAGCAGAGAGAUUGUCAUCAUGGAGAACGACGACCCGGGGGGGGUCUUUGAGUUCUCCUCACUGUCCAGAGGCCCGUGGUUUAUUAAUGAGGGUGAGGCGGUGGAGCUGCACGUGGUCAGAGCCCAGGGCCAGCUGCUGAAACAGCUGGUGCGAUACGCCGUCAUGCCUUCAGACAACGCAGAGUUCUACGGCGCCACGGGCAUCCUGGAGUUCAAACCCGGAGAGAGAGAGGUGGUGGUGGCGCUGGUGGCGAGGCCUGACGGGGUGCCUGAGCUGGACGAGACUUUCUCUGUGGUGCUAAGUAGCCACAGCACUCCACCCAGUCGCCUAGGCAACCGGCGGGAGGUCAACAUCACAGUGCGGAGGAAUGACGACCCCUUUGGGGUGAUUGAGUUCAUCCAAUCAGGACUAACGGUGGCCAUCAAUGAGAGCAAAGGGGACGAGACUCACCGAGCGGUGUACCCUGUGGUGAGGAACAGGGGUCACUUUGGAGAGGUGUCGGUGUCCUGGGUCUUGGAGCCAGCUUGGUCCGGAGACGUGAGCCCGAUCCAGGGAGACAUCACCUUCAUGGAGGGGGAGUUCCUCAAAAACCUCACUCUCUUCUCUGUUCCUGAUGAGAUCCCAGAGGACAUGGAGAAUUUCACCAUCACAGUGUUAAAUGCUACAGGUGGUGCAAGACUGGGAAACAUACUCACUGCCAGUUUACAGAUUAAUAAGAAUGAUGACCCCAUUUACUUCUCUGAACCUGUGGUCGUGCAUCUUCGCGAAGGGGGCGUGGCCAACUUCACUGUUCUCAGGGCAGGGCGGGCAGACUUUGUUGCCACGGUGAUGUACCGUGUGGAGUACGGAGAUGCGUCUCCAGGUGACCUCACCUUGUUGGGUAAUGGCACGCUGCUGGUGUAUGAGGAGGGGGAGUGGAUGAAGAACGUCUCUGUGGCCGUGGAAGAUGACGACACACCGGAGACCGAUGAACCCUUUUACAUCGUUCUCUACAAUGCUACUGGACCCUCGUCAGUGUUCAUUGGCUCUGACCCUGAUGGAGAGCAGCGUUACACAGGCCUUCUGCAGGACGUCCGCCUGUACAGAACCAAACUGAACCGCAGUCACAUCCACGAGCUUCACACCCAGCCCGCCAAAACAGACCUGAGGAACCUCUCCGGUUACCUGCGCUACCGACAGGAGGAGAGGCAGAAGUCCUUUGUGGUGGAGGUCCGGGAUGAUGAAGAGGAGGAGGGAGAGGAGCUGUUCUACCUGCUGCUGGUGGGGGUUCAGGGAGGAGCGCGUCUCCCUCUGCCCAGACCCAUCGCUACUCUGCGGGUCAUGAAGAGCGACAAUGCCAACGGGCUGUUCGGAUUCACCGGGGCCUGCAUACCUGACACCACUGAGGAAGGCUCCACUGUGUCCUGUGUGAUCGAGCGUAUGCGGGGAUCUCUGGACCGCGUUUAUGUCAACUACACUGUGACCCAACUGGACAGCUCGGACAGUGAGACGCCAGCCAAUCAAGACUUUGGAAAUGCCUCUGGAGCGGUGGUUUUCAUGCCUGGACAGCGCUCUGAGGUGCUGAACCUGUUGGUGUUGGAUGAUAACCUCCCAGAGCUGGCAGAGUCCUUCCAGGUGACUCUGGUGUCAGCAGAGUCCAGUGACGGGAGGAAUGGCUCCACCCCCACCAGCGGAGCCAGCAUCGACCCAAACAGCUCCGUUAACACUGUCACUGUCACCGCCAGCGACCACCCAUACGGCCUGCUGCAGUUUCAGCCCAGCCCCCCAGGAGAGGGCCUGAUCUCUCCAGUGUUAGAGCCGGCCCACAUUACUGUCAGAGAGGAAGAUGGAGACGUCCGUCUGCUGGUGGCCAGAGCUCAAGGCCUUCUGGGAAGGGUCAUGGUGGGAUACAGGACAACGCCAUUCACAGCGUCCAGCCCCGAGGACUACGAGGACUCAGAUGGCGUGCUGGACUUUCUUCCAGGAGAGAGGUUAAAGUUCAUCAGCGUGACCAUCGUAGACAAUCCUGUCCCUGAGCUGGACAAGAUUUUCAGAGUGGAGCUCUACAACGCUGAUGGAGGAGUGGAUCCGUUUCUGCGUAGUGAAGGAAGUGGUAGUGGGGAGAGUGACUCUGACUUCUUGCUUCCAUCCUAUCUCCACCGUGCCAGCUUAGGAGCUGCGUCCCACAUCACGGUGACCAUCGCUGCUUCUGAUGACGCCCAUGGAGUGUUUCAGUUUAGUCCUGAAUCCCUUUCUGUUAACGGGACAGAACCUGAGGAUGGACGCAGCUCUGUGGUCCUGCAGGUGGAUCGGUCCUCUGGAGACCUGUCUAACGUCACUGUGUUCUGGGAGGCUGAUCCCAGCUCUGAGGGGGAGUUGCUCAGCAGCUUUGGGAACAUCACCUUCGGCGUAGGUCAGACGUCGGAGGACAUCAUAAUCGAAGUGGCCCAGGAUCAGACCCCUGAGCUGGACCAGAGUUUCAACGUGUCUUUGGUCAACGUCUCCCACGGUCGCCUGGGUGUCCAGACGUCUGCCACUCUGACCGUGCUCGCCAGCGACGAUCCUUACGGUGUUUUUGUUUUCGCCAAUGCAACAAGAUCGGUCCGUAUUCCCGAAGCUGACACAACUGUCACCCUCACCAUCCUGCGACAGAGAGGCCUGAUGGGACAGGUGCGAGUCACGUAUGGGACUCUAAAAGAGACAGAUCCAGAACCUUACCGGACCCCUGGGGUGGGUCGAGCCACUGAGGGGCGGGACUUUGUUCCUCUUCUGGAUUCGGUUGUUUUCUUAGCCAAUCAGAGUGAAGCAAACAUCACCUUACGAGUGCUGGAUGAUGAGGAUCCAGAAAGAGGCGAGUCCGUGUUCGUGAGGUUGAUCAGCGUUCAACUCAUCGAAGGAGAGCAGGAGAGGCUCAUUUCCAAUUCCCCUUCUCUGGGACCCCGGGUUGACAUUAUAGCCCAGGUGGUGGUGGAGGCCAGCGACGAUGCGUUUGGGGUCCUGCAGCUUUCUGCUUCUGCUGUCAGUGUGGCCGAGGACUACGUUGGGCCCAUAAUAAACGUUACUCGUGUUGGGGGGAUUUUUGCUGACGUAUCAGUCAAAUUCCGAGCAGUGCCUUUGACCGCCAGAGUCAGUGAAGACUACAGCGUAGCCUCCACUGAUGUGGUCCUCCUAGAAGGGGAGUCCAGUAAAUCGGUCCCCGUCUAUGUCAUCAAUGAUAUGGUCCCUGAGCUGGAGGAGACCUUUCUCAUCGAGCUGAUCAACCAGACCACUGGAGGAGCUCUGCUGGGGGAGCUCACACGUGCCAUCAUCACCAUACUGCCUUCUGACGACCCUUUUGGUGCCUUUGUCUUCCAAGCAGUUCCAGUGACCAUAGAGGAACCAGGGUCUAACUCCAUUGAAGUCACGUUGCCUAUAGUGCGUAAUGCUGGUACUAUUGGCACAGUGGUAGUCCAAUGGCAGGCCACGGUUAAUGGUAAACUAGCAGUGGGGGACAUCACACCCACAUCAGGAGAGGUGACAUUCGCUCCAGGAGAGACCAUGAAGACGCUCAGUGUGGAGGUUUUAGCGGAUGAUGUACCUGAAAUCACUGAGAUAAUUAAGGUGGAGCUGACUGAUGCCAGUAAUGGAGGAAGCCUUGGAGCCGAUACAUCUGUUGACAUAAUAGUGCCUGAAAAUGACAACCCGUACGGGACGGUGUACUUUGAACAGUCUGGAUACCGCCUCCAGGAGCCACUGGAGGGCGUUUAUAAUGCCAAUGUUACUGUCCGCAGAAGUGGUGGUCACUUUGGCCGCCUGGAGAUCGUGUACAGAACCUCUGAGAUCGACAUAGUUGACAUGGCUCAGGCGGACGGCCAGGAUCUGCUAACGUACUAUGACGUCCCAAAACCUGGAUCUCCAUCCUCCCCCCCCCUCCGGACGGUAAACGUCACCGGUCAGACGGACCCUCUGGCUUCAUGUGCUGCUGCCUGUCUGAGAGAGGCUGCCUGCCAGGCCUUCUCUCUCUCUUCAGGGGGGAGCCCGCCCUCCUGCACCUGGGUGACUGCAGGGUUUGACCAGCUGACCUCUAACCCUCAGGUUUUGACGUAUGUAAAAAACCUCACUGCAGCUGCUGUGCUGUUCAGUGCCCAGGCUGUGGCGGGGAGUGAUUACACCCCCGUUACCGCUCAAAGUGCCUUCAUGGAAGACAGGUCGGGGGUCGCCAACCUCACCGUCCCAAUCCUGACUGAUAAGUUCCCUGAAAUGGAUGAGAGCUUCCUCAUUCAGAUCUUAAAGGUGGAGUUGAUUAAUCUGACCGUGGCUCAGAAGAACCUGCCCUCCAUCGGCCAGCCAGACCAGGCGGUGGUCACUAUAGGGAUGAAUGGAGAUGCGUUCGGGGUGUUUCUGAUAUACAGCCUCAGCCCCAACACCACCAACGACGGGCUCUAUCUAGAGGUCAGAGAAGAGCCUGGGGUUGUGGUGCCCCUGGUAAUCGAGAGGAGAGGAGGGAACCUGGGCACCGUCACCGUCGAGUGGAGGUAUGUUGGAGGGGAGGCCACACCAGACGCUGACUUCACCGGGACAGGAGGGACUCUGGUCUUUGACGGUGAUGUGAAGAAGACAAUACAGGUAUUAAUCAGAGAUGACAUUGAGCCAGAGGACAACGAGAGCCUCAUGAUUGGUCUUGUGAAUACGGAAGGAGGAAGUCGCAUCCUGCCCAGCUCCGACACUGUAACCAUAGUGAUACUGGCUAACGAUAAUGUGGCCGGAAUAGUGGGAUUUCAUCCAGCCUCACGUUCUGUCAUUGCCAGAGAAGGUGAGAGGCUCUCCUUAUUGGUGUUGAGAACAUCUCCAGGUUUGGGUAAUGUCACUGUGGACUGGACUCUACAAGGGCCUCUUGUGCAACGGACCUUCACCCAGAACUCAGGGACACUCUUCUUCACAGAGGGAGAGCUAAAUAACACCAUAGUCCUGCAGCUUCUUGAUGACGCCACACCAGAGGACAAAGAUGAAUACAAAGUCGUCUUGUCCAACAUCCAAACGUUCGGUGUCGUGGUGACAGGUCAUGCAGCUCUGGAUGUUCAGGGCAGGGAGGCGGUGCUCUCUGUGGACACCAGCGAUGAGCCCUACGGUCUGCUGACCAUCGCCCCCUCAUCGCUCAGGGUGACCACCGAGGAACGGGACAGAACUAUAAACAUCUACGUCAACAGAGAGUUUGGAUCCUCAGGAGCUGUGAAUAUCACCUAUGAAGUUCUCAGAGGGUCUCUACAAGACUUGUCCCAGGUGGAGGGGGCGCUCGCUGACCCGGGACAGGACUUCAUCUCUGGUGCUGGUUCUGUUAUCCUUCAGGAGGGACAGACUUCUGUCGCCAUCCCUGUCACCAUACUGGAGGACGACAUCCCUGAGCUGCAGGAGUUCUUCCUGGUGAACAUAACAUCAGCAGUAAUCACGACUCUUGCCACUGUUCCCCAACUAGACACUCAGGGUUUGGUAGCAGAGGUUAGCAUCGCUGCUAAUGAUGGAAUUAGAGGAGUCAUUGAAUGGACGAACACCAUGUUUCAAGUGAAUGAAACGAUGGGAGUACUGAGCCUAGUGGCCUACAGGAACAAGGGGACAUAUGGGAAUGUCUCUCUCUUCUUCUACGCUCAGAACCUGGAAGCUCAACAGGGAUUGGACUACAACACCAGCGAAACGAUGCUCCACUUUGUUGACGGUGAAAGGCAUAAGUUUGUAGAAGUGCAGAUUAUCGAUGACGCUGUUCCUGAGGGAGCUGAGAGAUUCCAGCUCAUCCUGUCCCAGCCCUCCCCCGGGCUGGAGCUGGGCACCAACACCACAGCCACUGUGAAUAUCCUGGCCAGUGACGAUGGGCAUGGCGUCAUUUCCUUCAACACCAGCGAGCACUUCCUGUUGAAGGAGCCCACGUCUGUGUCGGGGCUGAGUGAGAGCGUGGCCACCCUGAUCGUGAUCAGGAACCCAGCGGAGGGCACGUUCGGCCCCGUGACGGUUCAGUUCAGCAUCACUGAUGCCAACGGCAGCCUGGCAGAGGGAGACCUGAGGCCAGCACAGGGCUUUGUGGUGCUGGAGGACGGAGUCAGGUUUAAGAUGCUGGAGAUCUGGGCAGUCCUGGACGCUGAGCCUGAAGCAAAUGAAACUUUCACAGUGACUCUGUUCAGCCCAACAGGAGGGGCUCGGAUGGGGGACCAACUCCAAAUACUCAUCACCGUCCUGGAGAACCUGGCUCCGUCUGGCCUGUUCCGCAUCGGACCUACCGUUAACAGGUCUCAAUACAGAUUCUAUAUAACUUAG